UUUUGGGCCAAAACAAUGGGCCAUAAGCCCAGUAAGGAAGAUUACAUGCUUUCCUUCACCGCCACUUCCACCAGUCAUCGGAAGCUGAAUUCAGGCCGGAGGAUACCGGGACCGAUGGAGGAGACCCCAUCGUCAUCGAUGGCCAGAACCAAAGCUAAGGCAAAAGAUUCUCAAAUGUGUUUAUCGGGUUUUGAUGGGAUGAACGAGGACCUUCUCCUCAACAUUCUGAGCAGGCUUCCCGCCCAAUCCUUUGCUUCAGCAGCUUGCGUUAACAAAUCCUGGAAUCGAAAUCGCGUCCUGUGUCGUCCUAAUCGCGUCUGUGUCGUCCUAAGCUCGCCUCUGCUCUUUCUCUCAACCUUCUCUCAUGAAGCUUUAAAGGAGGUUUUCGAUAAGAUUCUGUCUGAGCCCAUCCGUCCACAUUUUGCCAUUGCAAAUGUUGGAAGUGGAUUUGAACUACCGAAGACUCUAAGGCUUAUUGGAAUGAAACUGGGACGCUCUGUUCCCAUCAUUGUUUCUGUGGCUAACGGUAUUAUUGGAAGGGACACUCUUACCAAUGAGCUUAAAGAGGUCAACUGGCACGCUCUUUUGAGUGACCUCAGCGAUGAAACAGAUGCUGUACAGAUAGGUGAAGGCAUAGUUAUGACCAUUGGUUUUUUCCCAGGAUUAAGAGUUGAUGCGUUGCCACUAGUUCGACGAUCAACAAUACCUGCAGAGUCAGCCAUUGACAAGUUUGUAAUGGAUGUCAAGGAGUAUUCUGCAUCUGUUUCCAGGUGCUCGUUUCCUCAGGGUAUUCUUUUAUUUGGAGAAGGAAGUACUGACAUGACAGUUAUGGAGAAGUUGGAUUAUGCCAUGCCCAAGGACACGUUCAUUGUUGGUAAUGAGAGGGGCCGCAUUACAUACAGAAGCGGAAAUGACUCUAGAAAUGCUUAUGCUAGAACAGGGUACUCAAUAGAAGCUGUUGCUCUUGUUUUUGCUCGGGAUAGGGACAGAUCAUCUGGAGAAAUUAAGUUUCACGUUGCACUGUCAAAUGGUGUUUUACCUGUGGGUGGCAAGUACAAGACAGCUUCAGUCCGAACAAGAAGCGCUGAGAGUUCUACAUGGCUGACUGCUAGGAGGGAAGGGCAACAGGAAAUUCUUGAUGGUCAAAGAAUAUUGGAUGAUGUUAACAAUGAGCUGCUAAUCAUAUUGAGAUGCCUGAUUUGUACAUCGGAGUAUACAAGCGAAGAAAACUGUCCGUUGGAUCAGAGAAGCCAAGACAAGAACAUCUAUUGCUUUUCAUGGAGUUAUGACCAUUUGCAACCAAAAAAGAAAAAUUUAAGGUCUCUUGUUUUGUACAGAGGAGAUGAACAGUAUCUGUAUGUUGAUGGGAUCGGCUUAAAGACUGGAGAUGUCUUUCAAUUCUACCAUUCAGAUUGUAAUACAGCAUUAGCCUCAUGCGCUCGGGUGUCUGAUGAACUGGAGAAGAUUAAGCUUGAAGCAAAUUUCAAGAAUCUCAGUGGUGGGGCCAGCAAUGCUACUUCUGUGUUUGGAGGGUUUAUUUUUGCCUGCUGCGGUCGUGGUGAAUCAUUCUUUGGACGACCCAAUGUUGAUAUUUCCCCUUUCACAGAGAAUUUCCCAGGGGUACCAUUGUCAGGAAUAUUCUGUGGUGGGGAAAUGGCCCGUUCUUCGUUCACAGAGAAUGGCCAAUGCAAAGGAGAAAACUCCAUUAGUUGCUGUGUGCAUGUUUACAGCAGCGUGUAUCUGUUGAUGUCUUGUGCGCCGUCACAGUAAUACUGGAACCGUUCAUGGUUCUCAAUACGAGCAUUUCUGAGACGUUGAUGUUUUUUCUUGCCUGUGACCUUCUAGUUCAUAGUCUUCAACAUGUAUAUGAUUCAGCUAUAUGCUUUUCAGCGCGUUUAGUGCAGAAUCUUGUGCAGCUACAACAAAUGCAGGUGA